AUGUUGCAGUACCCUUGUCGCUCCUUUGUCUCAAUCACAUUCUUUUCCUUCGCAUUCAACUUCGCUUGUGCGGCCACGACCGUCAUUGACGAUCGGAGCCAAAGCAUCCAGUGGAAUGGCGCAUGGGAAGUCAAAGGGAACCAGCCAGCUCCCACUUGGGAUGGCUCACUCCACUGGGGGAAUUCACCUGGUUUGACAGCGACGUACACGUUCACCGGGACGUCCAUACAAGUGGUCGGCGCGUUUAAACCUAUCGGCACAUGGAUCAUGAAGUCGCAAUACACGAUCGAUGAUGGCGAGCCGACGGUGUUCACCCCCCCACCAGAGGUCACUCGGGCCUCCUAUGCGCAGACGUUUUUCGAUUCUGGCCCGCUUCCAGCUGGAGAGCAUACACUCUUGAUCAGGAAUCUGGGCGAGCAGCUGUGGAUAGACUGCUUGAGGGUAUCCGAUGACCCUGCGUCAAUUACUACGAGUGCGGUUGGGACGCUCAAAAUCGGUAAUUUUGAUCAUCCUAGUAAAACUUCGUCAAGAUUGCCCUCCUCCGCCACUACGACUACGUUUUCGACAACGUCGUCCUCGACUCUAGUUCAACCAAUCGACUCUACAUCAAUCGUCACCACGUCGUGGGUCCAGCUGAUCAACUCUACAUCAAUCGUCACUCUGUCCCUGUCUAUAUCUCCCUCGACGUCAUCAGUCAUCGAUUCGAACUCUCAGCUGCCCCCCUCUUUCGCGACAUCCUCGAGCGCAUCCUCGACCAUCCAAGCACAGGAGACUACCCCAACGCACUCACCAGAGCGCAAUCGCGCACAAGUGAAUGGGCUUUCGAUCGGGCUUGUAGUCGCCUUGGUCGUCGUGCUGGGGACCCUUCUUGGAACCACAUGCUGGUACCGCAGGAGGCCCUCGCGGAAUCGCACCCCUGUACAGCCGUACGCUUCCUUCUCUUCAGAAGCGCUGAUCCAGCACGACUCUCAACCCACCGUACCCAUACUCGACGACAAUUCCGGUCGCUCAUUGUCCUCCGCUAGCCUCAACCUUAGCCUGCCUAUCUCCCGCCCCGCCUCAUCCGUCGUGGGUUCCCUGAACGAGCACACUGGUGAUAUUGAUAUCAGGCGGCAGUCUCAGGUGUCGGCGCAGUGGUCCGUGGACGGUGGCGUUCGCAUCGCAGGUGGUCCAUAUGGCGGAGAUGCGCCGUCUAUUGCCGAGCGGCAGAACUUGAAGGACAAAUUCCCCCCACCGUAUCAGGCGUACCCAUCUGCAUGA